AUGGGUAAUCUCGACACGACCCUCACGUCCGACGGCAAGAAUGCUCAUGCACCCACCAAAGCACCCGCCAAUGGGCUUGGAGAUCUUGGCAAACUUCCGAGAGAGCUAAGAGACAUGGUGUACGAAGCUGUGCUUGCGACUGCACUCAAACGAAACGUAAUGAUGUUCGGCAAUAUUGCUGAGGACAAAGCCGAAGUCGAAGCCCAGCUCUCCAAACCUUACUUCUGCCUACCAUACAUUUCCCGGGUAUCAUCCGCGAUCCGGAAAGACAUUACACCAGUCGCCCUUCGUAACUCCCACAUCAUAGUCCGAGGCUAUCGUAAAGCACAUCGACUCACCGAUUGUCUCUCAGCUAACGACGCCUUUGGCAGCGUGGGGUCGUUGGAAUUACGAGGUAUGAACAACAUUAGGACGGUGCUCGGUGGCAUAGACAAGUUCCCAGUGCUCCAGCGCCUCUAUCUUGCACUUUCUAUGCGUGUGUUAGCGCAAAUCGAACAUAAGAACGGGGUGCCGAUCGCAGACUCCACGGCCAAAGUAGUGCAGAAGUACAGAUUGGAGAAGCUACUUCUGUGCACUGCUCUCCGCUGUGUUACUUUGGAUGAAUUUGAACCCGACGGCUGCAGACGUAAAGAGGUUGACAAGGGGAUAUCGCUACGCGGUCUGGGACGAUGGUUAACGAACGAGUGCGAAAAGAGAAAGGUCGACAUGCAACUCCGACUUGUGUUGACAUGCUCUGCGGCAUGUAACAAAUGA